GGAGCCCCUGGGGUCCUGUGGCUGCUGCUGGUGGUACUGGUGCUGAUCAUGUCCCACUCGGCCCACGCAGCCAUCCUGGAGGUGAACGGAAACCUGAACUGCAGGUGUGUAAAGACAACCUCGGACUACAUCAGUCCGAAGAGAUACGAGAGCAUUGAGAUAAGGCCUGUGGGAAGCACCUGCAGACGCACAGAGAUCAUAAUUAAAUUAAAAUCCCCCGGGAAGGUGUGCGUGAAUCCUGACGCCCCCUGGGUAAAGAAGCUGCUGAAGCGUAUUGCUAGCACGAAGAAAAAGUAA